AAUUGCUAGAAGCUAGACGUUUAUAUAGUGCUCUCGUUAUUUUAAUUGUUUUCUCGUACAAUCGGCACACUAAGCAGCCUAAAAUUUUCAUCCUCUUGUAGCUGGGACUUUGGUGGUUCAGUGAGUGGUGUCGUUGUGUUCUUGGAGCAAAGCCUACUUGUGGAAAUUGCACAAAUUCCCUAAACAGAAAAUCUCCGGGGAUUCAGUGUACUACAUGCCGUGUCUUCUUUCACGCCAACAGCCGGUGUUCGGAUGUUGCAAAAAACCAAAUCUCACUGAUAACCAACAUACCGGGAGUUAGAUGGGAAUGUGUGACUUGUCGCGGCGGAGUUGCGGCCGAUGCCGCUUCUUCGUCGAUGGCUCGCGUGUCCCUCUCGCCUGUAGCAGGAACUUCCCUCUCCGAUCGAGACGAGGUUGGGAGCGAGGUUGGUGCGCUGAAGACCGACGAAUCGCGCUUAAUGAUGUUGGUGAGAGCCGAGGUAUCUACUAUGAGGAAUGACAUCAGGGAACUGAAAAAUUCCGUAACUUUUUUUUCCGACAAAAUCACCGAUUUCGAAAGCAAGUUGACCAAGUUAGAUGAUGUCUUUAAGCUCGCUAAUCAAAUAAGGGCUGAAAAUGAGCUCCUAAAGAAGGAAAUAUCCAAUAUACAUUUCAGAUUGGACACAGUUGAACAAAAUUCGAGAAUUAAUAAUUUGGAAAUUACAGAUAUACCAGAAACAAAGAAUGAAAAUUUAAACAGUAUUGUGGGGAGGAUCGGCGAGUACGUGGGCAUAGUAGUGGACCCUUCUGCAGUGUCUUCUGUGGUUCGAGUACCCACAAAAAUUAUGGAUAAGCCGAAAAAUAUAGUCGUCAAGUUUGUUUCCAAAUUGAAGAGGGAUGAAUUGUUGUCCGCAAUUAAAGUGAAAAGAAAUAAUGAGGGUAAAAAUGGAUUCAAAAUAGAUGGACUGUCAAAUAGAUUUUUUGUAAACGAACAUCUCACUACCAGAAAAGGAAAAAGGUUACAAAUACGUGUGGACCCAAAAUGGAAACAUCCUGAUGAGAAAAACUGACACCGCGAGAAUUGUGCACAUACAGGGUGAGCCCGACUUAACCAAGCUCAUCUAAGUUUAUUCAUUCACUUCACGAAUAUAAUAGCGGACACCAUGGCGCUCCACGUUUUUUAUCAGAAUGUACGUGGGUUACGUACAAAACUAUCCACAUUCAAAGUAAAUUUAUUAAAUAAUUCUUUCGAUGUGAUACUGGUGACUGAGUCGUGGCUAAACCUCAGUAUAUUCGAUAAUGAGCUAAUGUUCGAUAACUAUAGCAUUUUUAGAAUAAGAGAUAGAGACCUUUCUAGAUCUGUGAAAAAAGAUGGUGGCGGGGUGUUGAUAAUUGUACGCGAUGACUUAAAUGCGAAACUUGUACCGGAGUUCAAUAGUGACGGAGAGGACAUUUGGGUAGUUCUGAACAUUAACGGUAGAAAGGUCUACAUUUCUUGUGUGUACAUUGCUCCGGGCGACGAUGAGGCACGUGCAGCUUUUUCCGGUAAGCUGGAAUCCAACAGGUCGAAAAUUCGGGAUCAAGACUUAUUACUGGUGUGUGGUGACUUUAAUUGUUCGUCCUUGGAGUGGGUGAACGAUAUAUCGAAUAAUGUACUUUAUACCACAGAUGUUGACAACAAAUAUGCAUUUUUCAUUGAUACUUUAAAUUUUUCAAAACUGAAGCAAUUCAAUAGUAUACGUAAUUUUAAUAAUAAAAUUUU